AUGUCGGCUCCAUUUUGUUUAGAGGAUUUUUUAAAAGCUCCAUCUGUUGUGCUCCUUGAGAGCUACCGCAAAUGCGAAUUGCUGCAAAUUGCAGAACACCUUAAGCUACAGGUCUCUAAAACACUCCGUAAGAGUGACCUGAAAGCGGGGGUAGUGGACAAGUUGGUGGAGGCUGGUCUAAUGCAAGCCCCUGAUCUGCCUGAAGUGCCUGUGGUCUCCGCGGGGAAGACGCCGCGCACGCUCCCUCGCUAUGAUCCUCUUUCCCCUGGAAGCUCAGAAGCCCGGGAUGGGGCCCGGCUAAAGGUGCGACUGGCACGGCUCCAGUUGGAGGCCGAGGAGAAGGCUCAAGUCAGGCGAGCUCAAUUAGAGCUUGAGAUCAGAAAGCUGGAAAUAGAGGCAGAUAAAACAGUGAGGCUGCGUAAGCUGGAGCUGGAGUCUCAGCCACGAGCCUCAUCUGUCUCCGCUGAUGGUCCAGGUUCUGCCCCCGUGUCUACUACUCCUUAUGACAUUAGUAAGUGCAUUUCUUUAGUGCCUGCUUUUAAAGAGGCUGAGGUGGAUUCUUAUUUUGCAGCAUUUGAGCGCAUUGCUGGUGCUUUGCAGUGGCCUAGUGAGAUCUGGCCCCUUUUAUUACAGUGUAAACUGACUGGAAAAGCCCAAGAGGUGGUAGCUGCGCUUCCCUUAAAAGACAGUUUGGAGUAUUCUUGUGUUAAAUCAGCUGUGUUGCAAGCAUAUGAAUUGGUUCCUGAAGCAUACAGGCAGAAAUUCCGGCUACAGAAGAAACUUCCCUCCCAAACGUAUGUGGAGUUUGCCAGGGAAAAAGGUAUCCUCUUUGACAAGUGGUGCUCUGCGUCAAAAGCCAGUGAUUAUGAUUCAUUGCGUGAAUUGAUGUUGCUGGAAGACUUUAAAAAGUGUCUUCCAGAGAGCAUAGUGUUAUACCUGAAUGAGCAGAAAGUAACCACUCUAGCAACUGCAGGAGUUCUCGCAGAUGAGUAUGUGCUCACCCAUAAAUCCUCUUUUCUGGUUAAAGAGAAGUCCCAGUUUAGUGCCGGGCAGCAGGCUCGCACUGUUAAACCCUUAGGCUCUAAAGAGAGUCGAGAGUGUUUUUACUGUCAUAAACCGGGACAUGUCAUUGCGGACUGUUUGGCCCUGAAACGCAAAACAGUGAAUUCUCAGCAACCCAAAGGUGUUGCCUUUGUGAAAGCAGCGUCCCAUCCUGAGGUGCUUGAUCGUGGUGGUAAGGUGCCAGACCCUUGUUUUGACCCAUUUAUCUUUGAUGGUUUUGUGUCACUAACUGAUAAAUCCGCUGAUCUAAAAUCUGUGCGCAUAUUGCGAGACACUGGAGGGUCUCAGACCUUAAUCCUUUCUAGUGCUUUACCUUUCUCGGCAGACAGUGCAUGCGGAUUUAAUGUUGUGCUGCGUGGAAUAGAGAUGGGUUAUGCUCCCAGACCCGUUCACCGGGUCUAUAUCAAAUCAGAGCUCGUUACGGGAUUUUUCCCUGUCGCAGUAUGUCCGACCUUACCCAUAGAGGGGGUGGCCAUGUUGCUAGGAAAUGAUAUUGCGGGCGGAUUAGUGCGUCCUAGUCUGGAGGUGCUGGAUAAGCCCCUCAGUUCUGAUGCCCUAGAUAUUUCUGUGACCCCAAAGCUGUACCCAGCCUGUGUGGUUACUCGUGCCCAAGCCCGUAAAGAUGGCGACGUUACCCUCGCUGAUUCUGUGUUGAUGACCUCAUUUUCUGAGGAGGGUGCCGCGUUACCUGACGAAAACAAUGUUUUGUCUUCCCCAGACUUGGAAAACCCUGAGGAGCCUGGUCCAUCUGUAAAAGAAAUACCACUGUCUUUAACCAGAGAAAAUCUGUCGGCGGCCCAGUUGGUUGAUGAAUCGUUGCAGCGAUGUUUUAAGCAUGUGAGUACAAUUUGGAGAUUCGGCAUAUAAAAGGAUCAGAAAAUGUGCUAGCUGAUGGCCUCUCCCGGGUGUGAGUAUGACUUGUUUUUUUUGUCUGUCACGAAUAUUGAAAUCUGUGUAUACAAAACGUAGUCUUGUAUUUUAAGGGGAGGGGUGUUACGGCCCUGGGCCUCGGAGGGAGUGAGACUGCCUAUUUGUGUUCAUGCAAAUUUAAGUGUGCUAGGACUCGUGGAUGAUUGGCUGCUGGGAGUCCCGUGCCAGCCUUCUUUUAUGCAGAUCGCAGUGGGCCAGACCUCGCGGACGAUUGGCUGCCUGGAGAUCCCAUGUCCACUCCAAGACCAAUUGACUGGCUGAUUGUCUGCACCUGGGAGGAUAAAAGGCUGAUGAUCCUUCACACUAUGGGGAACUGCUGCUCUGAAGUGAACAUGCAGUGUCCUCCUCGUCUGCUUUGCAUGUGAAGCUCGUUUGUUAAAACCUGUUUGCUGUGUUACACCUGAUAUACAGCUGACCCUAGUUUUACUAGAGUCUUGUUCGAUUUGAACUGUGUUUGUAACCUCUGAUAUUCAGCCGACCUUAGUUUUAUAAGAGUCUUGUGUUUGCCGGCUCACCUUAGUUAACCCUUAGCUUUUAUUUUGUGUGCUGCCAGCUUACCUUAGUUAAUCCUUAGUUUUAUUCUUGCCUGUUCUUUUCAUUGUGUAUUAAUUGUUUCCCCGGUGGUCUGUUGAACAGCCCCGUCGGUUUUUAGUUUAAUGUUUGUAAUAAAACCCUUUAUUAACUCAGAUUUCGUGAGAGGGCUUGUGUAUGUUUCUCCCCUUCUGUCGCCUAGCAG